AAAAUAUUUUUUUUUUCUGGGGUUCUGAGAUUAGACCCCAAAAAUAAAUUAGGGUUUCUGAGAAAAACGAGGGGGAAUUACAAUGGGGAGAAAUACAGGAGGAUUUCUGGUGUAUCUACUCCUGGGUUUCUCAGUCGCCGUCGUUUCGGUGUUUUACGUCAGCGAUUAUUCGGACAAGACACGAUCCAGAGUUCUUCUCUCUUCCUUGUCUCCUCUCUCUCACUCCGAGAGAAUUUGGCCGGAUUUGGAGUUGAGUUGGAAGCUGGUGGCGACGACAGUGAUAGGGUUUCUAGGAUCAGCUUGUGGAACGGUCGGAGGCGUCGGAGGAGGCGGCAUUUUCGUUCCGAUGCUCACUCUGAUCAUCGGGUUCGACACCAAAUCCGCAGCUGCCAUCUCGAAAUGUAUGAUAAUGGGGGCUUCAAUUUCAUCUGUUUGGUACAAUCUAAGAGUUCCUCACCCCACAAAAGAAGUUCCGAUCCUAGACUACGAUCUCGCUCUUCUCUUUCAACCGAUGCUUCUGCUCGGAAUCACCCUCGGCGUUUCUCUCAGCGUCGUUUUCCCUUACUGGCUCAUCACGGUCCUCAUCAUCGUUCUUUUCAUCGGGACUUCUUCAAGAUCCUUCUUCAAGGGGGUCGAGAUGUGGAAGGAGGAAACGAUCUUGAAUAACGAGAUGGCGAAGCAACAAGUAUCACUGGUUAAUUCCCAUGGAGAACUCUUGAUCGAUACCGAGUAUGAGCCGCUUAUCCCCAAGAACGAGAAAUCGAAACUGGAAAUCUUAUGCUCCAACCUCAGGUGGAAAGGGCUUCUGGUUCUGGUGCUUACAUGGUUGGCUUUCUUGAUUAUCCAAGUUAUCAAGAACGAAACGAAAGCCUGCAGCACAUUGUAUUGGGUUCUUGUCUGCUUACAGGUCCCUAUCGCAAUAGGGAUGACCGGGAUCGAAGCAGUGAAGUUGUUCAGAGAGCACGAGAGAAGGAUCAGCAGCGGAAACACUGAAGCAAUCUGUGAAGCUUCGAUAGAUUGGACGCCUCUGAACCUCGCUUUCUGUGCUUUCUGUGGCAUCGUGGGAGGAACCGUAGGCGGUCUCCUCGGCUCGGGUGGCGGGUUUGUUCUCGGCCCUCUGCUUCUCGAGAUCGGUGUCAUCCCACAGGUUGCAAGUGCAACAGCAACAUUUGUGAUGAUGUAUUCUUCAUCACUGUCAGUGGUUGAGUUCUAUCUCCUCAAGAGGUUCCCAAUGCCAUACGCUUUAUACUUGACCACGGUAUCGAUUCUGGCCGGCUUCUGGGGACAAUCCUUCAUCAGAAAACUCGUCACGAUCUUGCGGAGAGCUUCGAUCAUCGUUUUCGUGCUCUCUGGCGUCAUUUUCGCCAGCGCUCUCAUAAUGGGAGUGGUGGGUGUGGAGAGGAGCAUAGAGAUGAUUCAUAACCAUGAGUUCAUGGGAUUCCUGGGAUUUUGCAGCAGCCAGUGAUAGUUGCUUGAACAUGUCUGAAGAAAUCUUAGUGGAGUGUUUGUUCUUCAUUUUUUUUUGUUUGAAAUUAAUCAGUUAUUUUUUUUUGUUUGGGGACAAUCAUAGUUGUCCAAUAUCAAGAAUCUUGUUUGAAAUCAUUCUUUUUUUUUUUUUUUUGUCUCAAGUGGUUGUGCUUGGAGUCCAAGUUAUUGGUCAUCUAUUCUUGGUCAACACCCGGUUGACCAU